AUGGCGGCUGCCACUAGCAGUUCUUGUUCUUCCCCUGUUUUCGUGGUGGCAGCAAUUACUCUGUUUUUGCUCGUUGCUUCUUGCUCUGCCACAAGACCAGGUGCCGUUCUGAUAAUGAAGGAAGGCCCCAAAUCCCCAGAAGACGGAAGGAAGCAUUACCUGACUGCGUUUCAGUACGAGGGCCAGGCGGCGGCGGCGGCGUUCAAUUUCUUGCCGAAAGGUGUCCCGAUCCCGCCUUCCGGCCCUUCCAAGAGGCACAACUCCAUCGAGAAUUGA